CUCAUCGGGCUGGGCAUCAUGCGUUCGUUGCUUCUCAGCCGGAUCUCCCACCGCCUACCAGGCACAGGGUUAGCACCCAGAGGCCACGCCAGCCGAGCGACAAGCACUGGGGCGAGCAGCGGCAGUCAGGAUGGGCGACUAUCGUCUGGUACCCCAGGGAGAUCCGUGCAUGAUCAGUACGGCUCUACCGCCAGGGAGAUUAUCCAGCGUUCCAAGGACAAGUUCACCACCUUACAAAAACAAAACUCUUCUUUUAAACCUGUUCUCGCCAUAAUACAGGCGAGCGUGGAUGACUUGACCUUGGAGACAACUAAAAACUUUGCAGAAGAGCUUGGCGUAGGUGUCCUUCACGUAUGUCUCCCUCAAGAAAGCCGCAAUGAGGAUAUUAUUGAUGAAAUCUUGAAGCUCAAUGAAGAUCCUAAAGUGCAAGGACUUGUUCUUCAUUUGGCUGAACCAAACAGUAAAUUGCUGAAUGCAGUAAGACCAGACAAAGAUGUGGAUGGGGUCACUGAUGUUAAUUUGGGAAAGAUGGUUCGUGGAAACGCUCAUGAAGGUUUUGUUUCACCCGCUGCCAAUGGUGUCUUGGAGAUUUUAGAAAAAAUAGCUGGCACGUCUUUGGAGGGGAAAAAUAUCCUUACAGUUGGAGCUGAUGGUUCUUUGGAAGCUUCCCUACAAUGCCUGCUUCAGAAGAAAGGUGCCCUGUCUGUUAUAAGUUCAUGGCAAGCUCCACAGCUACAGAAGAAGCUGAGUGAGGCAAACAUUGUCAUCAUCGGUAGUACAAAACCAAAGGAGAUUCCUGCGAGUUGGAUAAAGCCAGGAACUACUGUUAUCAACUGCCCAAAUGUGCACUUAUCUGGUGCUGCUGACCAGCAGAGUGAUGGCAUAGGUGGGCCGGGGGUCGGGCCGCUCGCUGCAGCUCUGAGGAUGGAGAAUUUAGCAGAAAGCAGCAGAAGAUGGGUUGAAGCUCAAAAAUAUAAAAAGUGGAACCUUCAUUGCUUAAAACUUCAACCUCUUUCCCCUGUUCCAAGUGAUAUCGAGAUUUCUCGGGCUCAGAAUCCAAAAGCCAUCAACAUGCUUGCCAAGGAGAUUGGAUUGCUCUCAGAUGAAAUUGAAGCAUACGGCCAAACCAAAGCCAAAGUACGUCUGUCUCUUCUGGAGAGGCUAAAGGAGCAGCCAGAUGGGAAAUACAUUUUAGUGGCUGGAAUCACUCCUACACCUCUUGGAGAAGGAAAAAGCACGGUAACCAUUGGCCUGGUACAAGCUUUAACGGCUCAUACAAAUGUAAAUUCUUUUGCGUGCCUUAGACAACCUUCACAAGGACCCACGUUUGGUGUCAAAGGUGGAGCAGCAGGUGGUGGAUAUGCUCAAGUCAUUCCAAUGGAAGAGUUCAACCUUCAUUUGACCGGGGACAUUCACGCCAUCACUGCAGCCAAUAACUUGCUGGCAGCUGCUAUUGAUGCCCGAAUUCUUCAUGAAAACACUCAGAGUGAUAAGGCUUUAUAUAAUCGCCUUGUUCCAUCAAUUAAUGGAGUUAGAGCCUUCUCCCCAAUACAGAUUGCUCGUUUAAAGAGGUUGGGUAUAAAUAAGACUGAUCCUCGAACGCUGACAGAGGAAGAAGUUAGUACAUUUGUACGUCUUGAUAUCGAUCCGUCUACCAUAACCUGGCAAAGAGUGUUGGACACAAAUGACCGGUUUCUUCGAAAGAUCACGAUUGGCCAAGCAAAUACUGAAAAGGGGUUUGCUAGACAGGCCCAGUUUGACAUUGCCGUUGCCAGUGAGAUUAUGGCCAUCCUCGCGUUAACAGACAGCCUGCAGGACAUGAAAGAGCGGCUGGGGCGAAUGGUGGUGGCCUGCGACAAAAAAGGUCAGCCCGUGACGGCUGAAGAUUUGGGUAUAACCGGUGCCUUGGCAGUACUCAUGAAGGAUGCAAUCAAACCAACCCUGAUGCAGACAUUGGAGGGUACACCAGUGUUUGUUCAUGCCGGACCAUUUGCCAACAUCGCACAUGGUAGUUCUUCUGUGUUGGCUGACAAGCUUGCCCUGAAGCUGGUUGGGGAGAAUGGCUAUGUUGUUACAGAAGCUGGUUUUGGAGCAGACAUUGGAAUGGAGAAGUUUUUCAAUAUCAAGUGUAGAUCUUCUGGACUGGUUCCUGAUGCGGUUGUUAUCGUUGCAACUAUCCGCGCAUUGAAGAUGCAUGGAGGUGGCCCCAAUGUUUCAUCUGGUGCGCCUCUUGCAAGAGAAUAUACAGAAGAGAAUCUCGACUUGGUUGAACGUGGGUGUUGCAAUUUGCAGAAGCAAAUUCAAAUUGCUCAGCAGUUUGGAGUUCCAGUGGUUGUUGCUUUAAACGUCUUCAAAAACGAUUCCCAGAAAGAGAUUGACCUAGUGUGUAAGAUUGCAAAGGAGUCCGGGGCGUUUGACGCUGUUCCAUGUAAUCACUGGUCCAUUGGCGGGAGAGGGUCUGUCGAUCUAGCCCAGGCAGUAAAGGGAGCUGCAAGUCAAAGAAAUAACUUCACGUAUUUAUACGACCUUAAGCUUCCCAUAGCUGAAAAAAUCAGAACAAUUGCUCAGAAGGUUUACGGCGCUGAUGAUAUAGAACUUUCUCCUAAGGCCCAGUCCAAAAUAGAGGUUUACAGCCAACAGGGUUUUGGUAACCUUCCAAUCUGCAUGGCAAAGACCCACCUAUCGUUGUCUCAUCAGCCCGAGAAGAAAGGUGUCCCGACUGGCUUCAUUCUGCCUAUUAGUGAUGUGCGAGCAAGCAUUGGAGCAGGAUUUAUAUAUCCUCUAGUGGGAACUAUGAGCACGAUGCCUGGACUGCCAACCAGACCCUGUUUCUAUGAUAUUGACCUUGACCCUGUGACCGAGGAAAUAAAAGGUCUCUUUUAGGAAUACCAAACUGCAAGGAGAUUACCGAAAAGUAGAAGUUCAGAAGAUUUUUUUUCCCGGGAAUAUUUUGUCAUUAAAAAUAAAUUUUGUGAACUUGAAAAUCUAA